CCAAAAGCUCUUGUCCUCUUUCAAUGGCUGACACCCCUGCUUACGUAUCCAUGGAUGGCUAAGUCACCAAAGCUUUAAUUGAGUGCAAAGUAUUUUACUUACACUAGUGUUUUUGUGAACCUAUAUAUAUGAACUGGCCAUGAAUAGUCUCUCCCCACUAUCCACACCAAACCUCCCUCUCUCUCUCUAGAUUCAUUUAUGGACUUGAAUUCCUCUCCAAUUGAGAUCUUCUUCUUCCCAUAUGUGGGAGGAGGCCACCAAAUCCCCAUGAUAGACAUGGCCAGAGUGUUUGCUUCUCAUGGUGCCAAGUCCACCAUCAUAUCAACCCCAAAGCAGGCACUCUCCUUCCAAAAAACCAUCCACCGUAACCAGCAAUUGGGUCUUUCAAUCUCCAUCCACACCCUCAAACUUCCAGAAAACGACGAAAUUUCCGAUACAGACAUGUCUGCCACACCCUUCACUGACACCUCCAUCCUCCAAGAGCCUCUCAAAGAUUUGCUAAUCCAGCGCAAACCCAACUGCAUUGUGCACGAUAUGUUCCAUCGUUGGGCACCAGAUGCUAUUGAUGGCCUUGAAAUUGAUAUCGCAAGAAUCCUCUUCACUGGCAGUUGUUGCUAUGCCCGCUGUGUGCGAGCCAGCUUGGCCAAAUACAAGCCCUAUGAGAAAGUGGGUUCUGAUUAUGAACCUUUUGUUGUGCCAGGACUGCCAGAUCGCAUCGAAUUAACCAGAUCCAAGCUUCCACCAGGUACGAGACAACCAGAGCAGCAUCAAGACCAUAAAAAGAUGCAUAAAGUGGAUGAAAAUAUUUCUGGGGUUCUGGUUAAUAGUUUUUAUGACUUAGAGCCAGCUUAUGUGGAGUACUUCAAGAAUGAAUUAGGGUACAAAUCAUGGCUUGUUGGACCAGUAUCUCUCUGUAAUAGAGAUGUUGAAGACAAAACAGAGAGGGGCAAACUGGCCACAAUCGAUGAUCAGAGCAUCACAACCUGGCUUGACAGUAAAAAACCCAAUUCAGUUCUCUACAUCAGUUUCGGGAGCCUAGCACGCCUUGCUCCGGCACAACUCAUUGAAAUCGCCAACGGUCUCGAGGCUUCCAACUACCCAUUCAUUUGGGUGGUCGGAAAAAUCUCCAAAUCGGCCGACCAAGGACCAGAAAGCGAACCAGAAACUUAUCUGCCAAGUGGGUUCGAAGAGAAAAUCAGAAAAUCAAACAUCGGAUUGAUAAUCCGGGGAUGGUCUCCGCAACUGCUAAUAUUAGAACACGCGGCGGUGGGAGGGUUUAUGACGCAUUGCGGAUGGAAUUCGACUCUGGAAGGUCUGAGCGCCGGAGUGCCGAUGAUUACAUGGCCGAUUGCGGCGGAACAAUUCGAGAACGAGAAGUUGAUUACUGAAGUGUUGAAGAUAGGAGUGAAUGUGGGGAGUAUUGAGUGGGCGUCGUGGAACACACAGCCUUCAGCGGUGGUGGGGAAAGAGAAAGUGGAGGCGGCCGUUAGGAGGUUAAUGGGUGGCGGUGAUGAGGUGGCAGAGAUGAGGAGGAGAGUGAGAGAGCUCGGAGAGAAGGCUAAGAGAGCCAUUGAAGAGGGUGGAUCGUCUUACAGAGAUGUGGAUUCACUGAUGGAGGAGCUCAAGCGUCGCUGCAAGGGUGGAGCAUGAACUUUCAAGCAAGGUUCGUGCUCUCAAACGGUCCUAUCCUCCCCAUCCCACCCCCUCUCAUGACCGUUUGAUUAAAUCAAUAGUGAGAUAUAAUCACUUUUCCUUACAAUUCAUUAACUACUGUUAUGACCUGGUAAUUUUUUUUUUUGAAACAAGGAUUUGGGGAGGGGUAGGUUUCGAAUCCAUCAUCUAAUAGGUAAAUGAUCUCUUACAUGCAAUGGGAUUGUCGUUCAAACAACGGCUCAGUCGCUUGUAACCUUGUUAGUUUAAUCUUUCAAUUUAUUCACUUUAUAUAAGCAAUUAUAGUUAUACUAUG